UUAGCUCCUAUUUGUUUUUUCUCUUUCCCUUCUUCUUCUUCUUCUUCCCCAUCACGAUUCACAACCCCAAAUCCAGCACCCAUCCAUCGCCGUUCGCCACCACAACCUCCCUUUCCCCUCCGCCCCCACCGACGGCCCCUCUGCCGGAGCCGCCCACCCCCUUUCUACUCACCUUCAACUCCGCCACUUACCGACACAAAUUAACAAGAUCCAGUGUCCAAAUCUCCCUACGGCGGAGAAAAAAAUAGCUUCACCGACACUGCUCUCUGCAAAGGCACGUUUCCACUGUAUGUAAAUCACACCAGCCUCAGGCUUUUUCAGCCACCCAAACUUCACCGACAGCGGCGCGUGGCAUCAAAUUUGAUAGAUCAAAUGUCCAACGAUGCUGAAAAUCCGAAAGAGGGAAAUCCCAUAUCCGAUUCGCAAUCGAUCUCUCCUGGACAUCUAUCAUUCUGGUACAGCAGCUUGCUCCAGCAAGCCUCGGUUUACGGAAUUGCCGCCGGUUACUGCCUUUCCGCCUCGCUUCUCUCGAUCAUCAACAAAUGGGCGGUCAUGAAAUUCCCGUACCCAGGAGCACUCACCGCUAUGCAGUACUUCACAAGCGUCCUCGGAGUUGUACUCUGUGGGUGGCUCAAGCUGGUGGACCACGAUAAGCUCGAUCUUCUUACCAUGUGGCGCUUUUUACCCGCCGCGGUUAUAUUCUAUCUCUCUCUAUUCACAAACAGUGAGCUCCUACUCCACGCAAAUGUCGACACAUUCAUCGUUUUCCGCUCCGCAGUUCCGAUAUUCGUUGCAAUAGGCGAAACCCUCUAUUUGCACCAGCCUUGGCCUGCGUUAAAGACAUGGCUUUCGCUCGCCACUAUCUUCGCUGGCAGUGUGCUUUAUGUCAUAACGGAUUAUCAAUUCACACUCACUGCUUAUAGCUGGGCUUUGGCUUACUUAGUGAGUAUGUCGAUAGAUUUCGUUUACAUUAAGCAUGUGGUGAUGACUAUUGGUUUGAACACGUGGGGUCUUGUGCUGUACAACAAUCUCGAGGCUUUGAUGCUGUUUCCUGUGGAGUUGCUUAUAAUGGGGGAGCUGAAGAAGAUUGAGCACGAUAUUUCGGAUGAAUCUGAUUGGUCUUCGUUUCAGGUUGUUUUGCCUGUUGGAUUAUCGUGUCUGUUUGGUUUGGCGAUCUCGUUUUUCGGAUUUUCUUGCAGAAGGGCGAUUUCUGCUACGGGGUUCACUGUUCUUGGCAUAGUGAACAAACUGCUUACGGUUGUGAUAAAUUUGAUUAUUUGGGAUAAACACUCGACUCUUGUGGGAACUUUGGGGCUUCUGAUUUGUAUGGGUGGUGGCAUAUUGUAUCAGCAAUCGACUAGCAAUAAACCGAAGCCUGCAAAGGAAGUAGUGGCUCAAGAGAGUGAUGAGGAAAAGCAGAAAUUGCUUGAAUUGCAAAGCAUUGUGGGGAAUGAUGGUGAUGAAAAGCAAGGUGCUGGAGUAGAAGGAAAAUCAUAGUUCAAUUUCUUGGGAAGUUUCAAUGUAAUUGUUUGUUAUAUUUCCUUUUUGUUUUUGUUUCUUUUCUUCUUUUCUUUUGACUUUCUAUACCUAGUUGAUUCAUUUGGGAAGUCGAAUUUGUUAAAUCCAACAGUCGACGAAUUUUAUAGUAGGAAUUGUUCCAUCUCGGA